AUGUCGAAAGAAGAGCAAUCUACUGGAACUUACGAAAGAUCAGAUUUUAUUGACGCAACGAAAUUUGGUUUAUAUAGUAUUGCAGAUAUUGUAGGAUCAUAUAUUCCGAUAGUUAGUGAAGUAGUAAAUAUAGUUAAAAAAAUUGAUGAAACAUUUAAAAAAGCUCAAAGAAAUAAAAAUAUUUGUUUAAUUUUAUUGGAAAGAGCUAAAGAUGCAGAAACUGUAAUGAAUAAAAUAUUAAAUUAUAAAGAUGAUUAUGAAGAAUUUUUAAGAAAAGAAGAAAGUUAUAAAUCUUUUCAUAAAUUUAAAAAUUUAUUGAUAAGAAUUAAAGAAUUUGUAGCAGAAGUUUCUGAACUUAAAAGUGCUAGAAUGUUUUUUGAUGCAAAUAAUGUUAAAAAUAUGUAUGAUAGAUUAACUGAUGAAUUUGAAAUAUGUAUGAAAGAGUUACAUUUCGAGAUAAUGAUUUAUUUUGAAAUAAUGAAUGAAAAAAUUGAUGUAAGCAAUCAAGACAUUCAGUAUAUAAAAAAAUUGAUGACUAAAAAUCUUGGAGAUGAAAUACAUGCCCCGCAUAUUGAUCCAUCUGAAUUAUCAGAACAAUCUCAUGAACGUCGUGGUAAAAAUCUUAAAAUUGUAAAAAAAUUUUACAAACAAACAUGUGAAGUCGCUUGUAAACCAAUUAAAGAUUUUGAGAAAUUUCAGACGGAGUUAAUGAUUCUUGGAAAAUUAAAUAAUUUUCCAAACAUCCUUAUUUUUUAUGGUCUUUCAAAAAUCGAUAAUCACGAUGUUAUGAUUUUAGAAUGGGCAACUUAUGGAACUUUAAGAGAGUUAUACGACAAAUAUGAUAUUACUUGGCGUAGAAAAGUACAAAUUGUACUUGAUAUUUGUCGCGGCCUCACAUUUUUACAUAAAGUAAACAUUGUUCACCAUGACGUUAGAUGCGAUAACGUUCUGAUAAAUAGAGAUUUGGUUCCAAAAAUUACUAACUUUAGAUUCGCUCGUAUGACGACCGCAAAUAUUACUAUGGAUCUUUCUGAACAAUUGAAUAAUGUUGUUCGUUGGAUGGCUCCUGAACAAAUUGAGAGAUACCAAAAUAAUGAUAAAAAAGCUGGAUAUACCAUUCAAGCCGAGAUUUUUAGUUUUGGGAUGCUUAUUUGGGAACUUUGCUAUGAAACAAAACCUUACAAAGACAAGAAUUUCAUGGAAAUAUCAAAUCACGUGUUAAAAGGCAAAAGAGAAACUCUUAAAUGUGGGAAACUUCUUGAUCAAGAAAUUCAACUUGAAUUUAUUAAAAUUAUUGUUCACGCUUGGCAACAAGACCCUUAUAAUCGAAUACGUUUUGAUGAAUUGUUUUUAAAGUUAAAUGAUUUAUCAGAAAAAUAUCCUAUCCCACCUGGUGUUCGAGGGCUUUUGAACGACAAGACUUUGGAUUUGGAUGGAUCUAGAGAAUCAGAAAAUAAAAAAUUAAUGCCUCCAGAUCCUGAUGAACUUUUAAUCGAUUUGGAUACACCAAUAAAAUCUAUUGUUUCACUUGAAGAAGGUGUUAAACUUCAUCAAGAAAAAGAUUAUCAAAAUGCUUGGAAAUAUUUUUCUGUAAAUGCUGAAGUUGGUGAUCAUCGAGCAAAAUAUUGGCAAGGUUAUUAUUAUGAACAAGGUUAUUUUGUUAAAGAGGAUAAAACUCGUGCAAAUCAACUUUACAAAGAAGCUGCUGAUUAUGGUGUUGCUGAUGCUCAAUAUCGGUAUGCUUGUUCUUUAUAUAAAAAAGAAAAUCUUGAUCAUAGUGAAUUUUUGCGUUAUUUAAAUAUGGCUGCUGAGAAUGGCCAUGCUUUAGCUAGUUAUUAUUUGGGUAAAAUUUAUUUAAAUGGUGAAUGUGGUGUUAAAAUGGAUAAGCAAUUUGGGUUGAAAUAUUUGAGAUCUGCGGCAUUAAAUGAUAAUAAGCAAGCAAUUGAUUUUCCGGAUGAACAGUACGCGUUGGCUCAAACCACUAAACAAUCCCCUUAUUUAGAAUCUGUCCAUGAGAAAACCGUAUCUUUAUCUUCAAAGUCUCAUCAAAUGGUGUCUUCAGUACAAGGAACUUUUUUAAAGUUUCUUGUACAAAUUAGUAAAGCUACAAGAGUGCUGGAGAUUGGAACUUUCACUGGUUAUUCGGCGUUGUUCAUGGCCGAAGGUCUAAAAGAGCGAGGAUUAGAAGCAAAGGUAGUCACGUUGGAAAAGGACAUAGAUCAUUUUAAAGUGGCAAAAGAGAACAUAGAAUCUUCAGGACUUGGACACUUGAUUGAGAUGAAACUUGGCAAUGCAAUUGAUACACUUUCAAAUUUAGAUAAUUCGGUACAAUACGACCUGAUAUUUAUUGAUGCUGAUAAGGGCAAUUAUAUCAAUUAUUACAAUACUGUUCUUGAACGAAAUCUUCUUUCUGAUGAUGGAAUUAUCGUCGCUGAUAAUGGUUUGAUUCAUUUUUCAUUUCGUGUGUGUUAA